UACUUUAAUCCGUUGUUUGCAGAAGUAAAUGAAGCAGUGGUUAAAAAUUAUCUUGUCACUUUCCUUUGUGCUGUUUAGGCAUCUUGUCAUCAAAGAAUUUCAUCAACCCGUUCCUACUUUAGUACUGAAUGUGCCUUGGAAGGGUCAAACUUUGCUGUUUGUUCCCCCCAGUUCUCAGCGGAAUCGAUUUUGUAUUUCGUCUAAAUUCGAUGAGAAAAUGUUGGGGGAGGGGUAAUAUUUAGACACCGUACUUUUUGUGAUGUAAUCCUAUGAUUUUUCAAACUGCCAAUUUUCAAGCAAAAGUUAGUCAUAGGCGUUCCCUACGGAUAAAAUUGGCGUUCCCUGUUGAGAAAAGGGCGUUUUCUGGUGGUUAAAAGGGCGUGGCUUAAAUAUUUUAGGUUUGCCCCCCCCCAGAGCUGAGGUGGCUGGCGCCGCCAUUGGGGGGAUAAAUGUCCGUGUGUGACAUUUUUGAAAUUGCCAGACAUGAUCCGGUUGACUCAUGAUAGAGAGACUUGUAUCAUUUUUCGGUUUUUGAAAUUAGCAUCUAUGGGUAUGUUUUUGGUUUCCUGGAACUAUAAUUGGAUCCAUUUCCUGAAACUAUCGUUGGAUCCAUUUCCUGAAACGAUCAUUGGAUCCAUUUCCUGAAACUAUCACUGGAUCGAUUUCCUGAAAAUAUCAUUGGAUCCAUUUCCUGAAACUAUCAGUUAUUCUUAGGAUCCAUCCCUAUUUGGUCCUAUUUGAAAAUUUUUAGGGUCUGUGGUUAGAAGCAAGGUUUCUUUUGGGUUGGCAAGCUUCGGGUGACAAAUUUAAACAUGGCAGCCCUCUGCAGCAACAUAUGAUGACAAAUUAGCUCUAGGAAUUAUAAACCCGAAAAAAACAACGAGAAAUAUAGAUUAGUCCCCGCUACACGGGGCGUAGUAUUUCUCACAAAAAAUAUUCUCGAAAAAUAGGAUGUCACCUGCUAAAACCAGGCUCUUUAUGUUAUAGGCAUACAUUGUAGUUUUUCAAUUUAAAAACCUCAAGCUUUUGAAAUUGCAUAACUAUUAUUUUAUUGAAUUAACUCAUUGCUAGGUUUGAACUAUAAACAAAAUUUUAAAAAAACAUCUAAUUAUUCAUUAAGUUAAAGAAAGGAAUAAGAAGCGAACUUUAAGAAUUGAACUCAAUUCGUGAGUUUUGUUUUUAAAUUUCUGUUCUUUAUCUCACUCCACACGUUGACUGCCAUUUUAGACAAAUUGCAUCUGUCAAGUAAUUUUUAUUUGAGAGAACAAUUAGGUUUUCCUGUCUUUCAUUACUCUAAGCUAGAAGUUUGUCACUUUAAAGAUUCAUCGUUCGUGUGCAUGGCCCAGAUCGCCCUCGUCAGGCUUCUUCCAUGCAUCCGUCAGCAUCAAUUUCAAAUUGUAAUGCUAAUAUGGUUUUAUCAGAGUUCCUGGUCGAUUUACAACCACAACAACACCACGCUUGCCACUCGUAAAGUCCAUAGCCAUCUUUGUCGUGGACGUUGUUGACAACCAACCUUCCGCAUGCCCAAAAGAAAAGAUGGCAACUCAGAAUGCAGAUGCAACAAGAAACGACGACGAAGUAGUCUCAAGUGAUGACGUCGAAGCAUUUUGCUUCUUUAAUAGACCAGACUUGUUGCAAAAAUCGUUCGUUGGUUUAAAUGAGCUCAGGAAAGCAGGACUGUUUUGUGACGUAACAUUAGUAGCGGAAGACCGCGAGAUUAAGGCCCACCGUGUUGUUUUGGCUUCUAAUAGUUCUUAUUUCAGUGCUAUGUUCACAAACAAUAUGGCAGAAAGUGAAAUGGAGAGUGUCAAAUUGCAUGGUGUAAACUACAAGGCACUAAACUGCAUAAUCUGCUGCCUUUACGGUGAACAGUUGAGACUAACUCAGAAUAAUGUUAAUGAGGUCAUGUCGGCCUCUUCGCUCUUGCAGAUCGAUCCAGUCAGAGAGGCUUGUGAGAGUUACUUGCUUAGAAAGCUUCACCCAACAAACUGCAUUACUGUGAGAAGCAUUGCAGAUACAUUCAGCUGUCCAAAGCUGCUUAAUGCAGCCGAAUCAUUCAUCGAGAAAAAUUUUGUUGAAGUUUCAGUGUCCGAAGAAUUUCACCAGCUGCCUCUAAGUGGAAUCACAGAGCUUAUAUCUAAAGAUGACUUAAAUGUUCGCUCAGAAGAGCAGGUAUUUGAAGCAGUUUUACGGUGGGUUAAACAUGAAGAAGAGGGAAGAAAGGAACUUUUACCUGCUUUGCUGGAACAAGUACGACUGUCCCUCCUGCCACCUCAGUAUUUAAGUGACAGAGUAUUAUCUGAAGAAAUUGUCCAUAGUAAUAUCCACUGUAGAGAUCUUAUAGAUGAAGCUAAAGAUUACAUGUUAAUGCCUGAGAGAAGGAAACAAGUAAAGAGUUUCAGAACAUCACCUAGAAGAUGUAGUGAAGCUGCUGGACUUAUAUACAUUGUAGGUGGUUUGUCCUCCACUGGCAAAUCAUUGUCAACAGUUGAAAAAUUUGACACUGUGACAUGUAAAUGGACUCCAGUUCCACCUAUGACAAUGCAGAGAAGCAGGGUUGCUGUUGUUGUUUUGGACUCAAAGCUUUAUGCUCUUGGGGGUUUUGAUGGGAAUGUCAGACUAAAUGAUGUGGAACGUUUUGAUCCUUAUGCAAACAGAUGGGAACGCGUAUGUCCUAUGAAUGUCAGGCGGAGUGCUUUAGGUGCAGCAGUGAUGGAUGGGAAAAUAUACGUCGUUGGGGGUUAUGAUGGCAAUGCAUCAUUAAACAGUGUCGAAUGUUUUGACCCUGCAAUGAAUCAAUGGAAAUUUGUUGCUAGUAUGGCCACCAUGAGAAGUGCGACUGGAGUUGUCUCCUUAAAUGGCAAACUGUAUGCAGCUGGAGGUCACAAUGGCAUGUCAAUAUUUUGCUCCGUAGAAGCCUACGAUUUGACCAAUAAGCAAUGGCGCUUUCAAGCUCCUAUGAUUGUACGACGUUGUAGAUUGGCGUUAACAGCCCUUAACAAUCGGAUUUAUGCGUGUGGCGGCUAUGAUGGGACUUCAUUUCUUAGUUCUGUUGAGGUUUAUGACCCCUGUCUCAACCAAUGGAACUUCGUUUCAUCCAUGACACAGAGGCGAAGCCGUGUAGCUGUCGUAUCUUUAGGCUGUAAAAUUUAUGCUGUUGGUGGAUACAAUGGAAUUUCGAAUUUAGGCAGCGCAGAAGUCUAUAACCCUUGGGCUAAUAACUGGGAAGUCGCCACUGAAAUGGAGAUGCACGAUGGUGGUGUUGGUGCCGCUGUACUUCCAAGAAUCACGUGAAUUAUUAUUCGCUUUUUUUCUAUUGAUUGUCAUCGCUUGUUGAAUAGAUACGAGAAAUUUAUGCUAUAAACUAUCAGAAUGCAUCAAAGUUUUCUAGUAAUUUAAAUGCUGUCCACGUAAUUCUGGCGACUAUAUAGGAUUUUUCCAUAAAUUCUUAUCUGUACUUUCUCAAUCACGGAUUUUCUGUCAAUUGUAAUGUCAAAGCUUAAUCCAUACAUGUUUCUUUCCCAAAUGUCCCAGUAUGUGACAAACGGUAACCCUGUUCCAAAUCCUAAUUUAGAACAAACGUGGAAGGUUGCUGAUACUUGUAUUGUGAAGACAAAGACGCAUAUUGUAAUUCAAACUAGUUGUAGGGCAAGAAUUGUUUUGCUUAAAAGUUAUUUACUUUGAAUUUGAUCAAACUGAUUAGCAAGUGCCCUUGGCGGAUGUUUCGGAGAACGCCCUUCAACAGACAAGGUUUUUAGUUCUUUCUUAACGUAUUGUUGAUAUGUAAUUAUGAAACUAAUAAUAUUAAUUACAAAUACAUGCAUACAACCUAUCUGCCUCAUUUAACACAUUUAAUCUUCUUUUUUUAAAGCCCGCAUUUCUUUUAAUUUGUUUUAAGAUUUCACAGAGAUCUCUAAAAUUGCAGUUUUAUUAACAGACGUAAAUAUGUAAAAAUAUUUGUAAAUAUUCAUUAGAAUCUGACAACCAAGUAAUGUUUCUCGCUUUCUCGUGGCUUUCUUUAUCAAAUACUCUAGUGUUUCUAACAGACGGGCCCCCCGUGUAUUAAUUUCAGAAGAAUUUGCCCUCCCUCCGUCGCUUAUUAGCACCCCGUCUUCUGUUAAAUUUUAUAAAUCAAGUAAUUUGAUUUUCAUUAUUCUUUGCUUUCCAUAGUUUUUUGUAAGAUCUCAACCGUACAAAGGAAACCGAUGAUUUUUGACUUGGAGGUUAAAAGCUGUAAAUUUGAUUUAUCUUGGUAUGAUUGCAAUUUUCUCUAAAACUAUGCAAGAAACUGAAACCAAAUUUUGCGGUAUAUUCUAAAAGGUACUUCGAUUUUAAAACUGGUCGACAUGAACACCCCCCUUCUAUUAGCACCCCCUUCUAUUAGAGACACUAGAGUAAGCCUUUUACAAGCUCUUUUGAAACAAUUUGCUAUAUUUCGGUUUAGAUACGUUUAUGAUAAAAUGUGUUUGUCGAGGGACUAUCCUGUCUAAGAUUUUGUUUUCCAGCUUUUAAUUUUAAAAAAUUCAAAAGUAAUUUGAUGUUCAGCAGCUGGUAUAUAAUGCAUUGAUAGCAAUAUUUUUAACAUACCCAGGUAGCUUCAAUUCCCUAAUUCAACUCAAUUCAAUUACAAUGCAUAAAGCAGGGCUGUAAAAACUUCGAGAACCAUCCUUGCAAGUCCUUUUUUCGAAAGAAAUUCACCUGCAAAGCUUAUAUAUCCAUUCGGAAAAAUGUCUGGUAAAUUCUACAGCAUUCGGCUAUGUUUAGCGCGAAACUACCAGAAUAAAUAUAUGGAAAAGCAAAUCUACCUUUGAACUGGUCUGGUUACGGAAAAUGGAAAAAAUCGGGCUAAAUUUUAUGGGUGAAAACUUUCACCCGGAAAAAUCGCAAAAUCGGUCAAUUUUUUAAAACAAAAUUUGUCCUUAAUAUUCACAUUCUUUCAAUGUAAAGCACCAUAAGUAACGUUUGAACAUAACCAAAGUUCCGUUGAACUUGACUGUUUGCUUAAAAUGGAGAAAAUUCUAGUUCGGUUUUUUGGAAAAAACAUAAGCCUAUAGCCUUGCAAAAUAGGUCAAUUUUCGACAACAAAAUUUUUCCCUAACAAUCGGCAUUUUUCAAUGUAAAAGCACCAUAAAUAAUGUUUAAACGUAGCUAAUUUCUCGUUGAGCUUGAUUGUUUGCUUAAAAUGGAGAAAAUUCUAGUUCGGUUUUUUGGAAAAAACAUAAGCCUAUAGCCUUGCAAAAUAGGUCAAUUUUCGACAACAAAAUUUUUCCCUAACAAUCGGCAUUUUUCAAUGUAAAAGCACCAUAAAUAAUGUUUAAACGUAGCUAAUUUCUCGUUGAGCUUGAUUGUUUGCUUAAAAUGGAGAAAAUUCUAGUUCGGUUUUUUGGAAAAAACAUAAGCCUAUAGCCUUGCAAAAUAGGUCAAUUUUCGACAACAAAAUUUUUCCCUAACAAUCGGCAUUUUUCAAUGU